AUUAUUAUAUGAUUGUGCAGCUAAAAUAAAUCAUCAAACACUUGCAGUGAAAAAUUACUCCUGAAAGUCAUUUUACUUUGGAAAAAAUCCAAAUGUGCCAACAUUGGCUUCUAUGUUUUUGCUUUUUAUUUGAUUCGGUUUCAGACGACAAAAAUCUUUUAAAAAAUGUAUUUUACGUAGCUAAUUUCAUACCUUAGAGAAAUUCCUGUGCAGUGGUUAAUGCCAGUGACGGUUAAUGAUUAUAACUAACUAGGCAGUAAUUCCAGGAUGUGGGAAUAAAUGCAACGCGUCACAUCAUCUUGGUUAGUCAGUAACUCAUGUGGUCAGUUUAAUCUUAACACGUUCCUGGCAACUUUGAACCAAAAGUAAAAAUAAAAACUCCUGGAGCGUCUUUUCACAGAAACACACUCAGGUGAUUAAGCCUUUGAGGAAGCGUCGUUUUACAAAAACUGGAUCAUUUUCUGCAACGUUUUUAUCUGUCAUGUGAUUCCUGAUUUCAAGUCAUUCAAACACAUUCUGCUUUACGUUCUAAGUUUUCUUUAACUGAAUUAAUAACGUCAAAAAGACACAAAAACUGAGCUAAUCAGUUACGGCAGAAAGAUGAUUAUUGAUGAUGUCAUUAUACGUACUGAAACACGAGUCAAGUUUGAGUAACAAUGUAGUCCAAAGUGUUUAAUUUAAGUUUUACUCAUUAAAUAUCUAAAAAAAAUCUUGGUUUUGAAACUUGUAUUAAAAAUAAAAACAUAUUCCGUACAGCAGCUCCAGUGCAAAAUAAAAUACUAAUCAAGAAAGUAGUUCAAAACUAAUUUUCAGGAACUUGAAAAAAGGAUUUUUGGUUGGAGAUAAAUCUAAUAUUUCACCAGGAUCUGUUACAGGAAAACAUUUCAUCAUGAAAUCUUUUCCUGUUCCUCGUCACAAACCACUUCAGUGGUUUUAUUUUUAGUAGAUUUUCCUGGAAGACAUUCAGUGUUUUUCACAUACAGCUUAUUUUGCUGCAUCCUGAGAACAAGAAAAAGAAAAACUUGAUUAAAACAUUCAAAUACAGGAACCAAUAAAAUGUGCAAAUGAACAUACUAAAAAAAGCUCCAAUGCCUCAUGUGAUGUCAAAGUUUGUUUUGGGUGUUAAAAUGAGAUCUAGAACAAACUAAAAAAAUAGAAAAUCUGUGUUUGAAAAAAAUAUAAUUUUCACUUUCUGCAGGUGAAAAACUUUAUUUAAAGUAGUUUUACUGAUUUGACUGAAAACCUUGAUUGGUAGAUUCAAGGUGAAUUUUAGGCAAACUUUAGAAAUUAAUGUUUAAAAGACAGAAACUGGAUAACAUCUUAAGAAAUCUUAGCAUUUACCUUUUUUUAGAUAUUGACAAAUCCUAUUAAGUUAUGUCAGUGAGAUAAAAGUGAUUUCACCAAAAAUAAAAAUAAAAAAAUCAGUGACUGGCAUAACCAUGAGCUGUUAUGAAACAUGCAGGUUUAAUCUUUUUAUAAGAAAUCUGGCUACUGAACCACAGAGUAGCUGAUUCACUAUGACUAAAGCUACAGCUGCACGUUAUGCACCCAGUAGGGGGGAGGGAGAGUUAUCCUGCACCGUUAGGAGGGACACAAUGGACUGGGUGACUUAUAAAAAUCCCAGGAUAUAAAAGGUGUCAGAAGGAUUCUGUUGUUACAUUCACAAUGGCUUCGUGGAAAAUGCUGCAGGUUCUGGCUUUGCUGAGCCUUCUCUUUGCAGAAUCACACGCACAACUUAAAGAGUGCGGGUUCGCUACUCGAAAUCCCAAAAUAGUUGGCGGUCAGGAUGCGUCACCUGGAAGUUGGCCGUGGCAGGUCAGCCUGCAGAGGAAAGGAUUCGGGAAUCCAUUCCAUCAGUGCGGCGGGUCGCUAAUCUCCAAGAACUGGGUGCUGACUGCAGCUCACUGCGUCAGUGGGACCAGACCGUCGGAGUGGCAGGUUUCUCUCGGUCGGCAUCAGCUGCAGGGCGGCAACACAAACACCCAAGUAAACGUGGGAGUUGCUCAAAUUUUUGUGCAUCCUGGAUAUGGCAGCAAGACGUUCAACGACAUUGCGUUGCUCAGACUCUCCUCACCAGUGCAGUUCACAGACUACAUCAGACCGGUGUGUUUGGCAGCGAGUGGCAGCCGGUUCAACAACGGCACCGUUAGCUGGGUCACCGGCUGGGGAAACGUAGCAGAAGGAGUGCCUUUACCCCCUCCUCAAACGCUCCAGGAAGUGAAGGUGUCAGUUAUAGGAAACCGGCAGUGUAGCUGUUCCUAUGGAAACGGUGUAAUCACAGACAACAUGAUCUGCUCCGGUGUUCUGUCAGGAGGAAAAGACGCAUGUCAGGGUGACUCAGGAGGUCCGAUGGUCAACGAGCAGCGCUCACGCUGGAUCCAGUCUGGGGUUGUCAGUUUCGGCCUCGGCUGCGCUCGGCCCAAUCUGCCUGGCGUUUACACCAGAGUGUCCCGGUACCAGUCCUGGAUAAACUCUGUCAUCCGAGACGAAAAACCAGGAUUUGUCCAGUUCACCUCCAGUGGAGUGGAUCCUGACAGCAGCUUCAACUGCAAACGGCGGCCAUUUUUACCCAAAUAACAAGAACAACACUGAAACUAACAACUGGGUUGGUCCAGGUGUUACACUACAAAUUUAAGUAACAUAAUUCACUGCAAAACCACAAAAUCUUAUCAAGUAUUUUUUGUCUAGUUUUUAGUGCAAAUAUUAUUCCUUAAUAUUCCAUGUUCCAUGUUAUCAGUUAAUUUGUCUACCAAUGGAACUAGUAUGUUUUCAUCAAUAUUAAGGAAUUAUUUACUUAUAUAUUGUAAGUUAGUUUUGUUUUAUUUCUAUUUGACCAGAAAUACUUGGUAAGCUUUAUUUUUACAGCGUUCUUAAUGUAGGUGGGAAACUGUUUCCUUUAGUCCUUCUGUAAUUUUGCCAAUGUUCCUGUUUCUGUGAAUCAUUUAUAGUGAUUUUAAUUAUUUAAUAAACUCAUUCGAGCAUCACACCAA